GGAACAAAAAAAUUGAGGAAACUACAAAAUUAGAAUCACACGGAAACAGAGAAUCACAAUCUGUAUUAUAUAAACAAACCAAAACCAAACAUCUCUCUUCUUCUUCAGAUUCUCCAUCGUCUCUUCUCCAAUCUCUGAAUCUUGAAGCCUCCUUAGGGUUUUGCCUGAGAGUUGUUGAGCUCUAUUAUUAUCUGGGUUUCUCGAAAGUUCUCAUCUUUAUACUAAUUACUCGCUCAAAACGAUGCAACAACAAGGUCAUGUGAAGAAGAACAUGAAAGAGAUCGACUUUUUCACAGAGUACGGCGACGCGAACCGUUACCAGAUUCUCGAAGUUAUCGGUAAAGGAAGCUACGGAGUUGUGUGCGCAGCUAUCGACACACACACGGGAGAGAAAGUCGCGAUAAAGAAGAUCAAUGACGUCUUUGAACACAUCUCUGACGCUCUCCGUAUCCUCCGUGAGGUGAAGCUUCUCCGGAUCCUUAGACAUCCGGAUAUAGUCGAGAUCAAGAGCAUCAUGGUUCCACCUUCCAAAAGAGAGUUUAAAGACAUUUACGUUGUCUUUGAGCUCAUGGAAUCGGAUCUGCAUCAGGUUAUUAAGGCUAAUGAUGACUUGACUAAGGAGCAUCAUCAGUUUUUUCUUUAUCAGAUGCUUCGUGCCUUGAAGUAUAUGCAUACAGCUAAUGUUUAUCAUCGUGAUCUUAAACCGAAGAAUAUACUUGCUAAUGCUAACUGCAAGUUGAAAAUUUGUGACUUUGGAUUAGCGAGAGUGUCGUUUAAUGAUACGCCUACUACAAUUUUUUGGACGGACUAUGUUGCCACAAGAUGGUACAGGGCACCUGAGCUUUGUGGAUCUUUCUGUUCAAAGUAUACUCCAGCUAUUGACAUUUGGAGCAUUGGAUGCAUCUUUGCGGAGGUUUUAUUAGGGAAGCCUUUGUUUCCUGGGAAAAGUGUUGUUCAUCAGUUAGAGUUGAUUACUGAUCUUCUUGGGACGCCAAAACCAGAAACCAUUGCAGGAGUACGAAACGAGAAAGCUAGAAAAUACUUGGGAGAAAUGAGGAAGAAAAGUCUUGUCCCUUUUUCUCAAAAGUUUCCUAAUGCAGAUCCUUUAGCGUUGCGGUUAUUGCAGAGACUAUUGGCUUUUGAUCCAAAGGAUAGGCCUACUGCUACAGAGGCGCUGGCUGAUCCUUACUUUAAAGGUCUUGCUAAGAUUGAGAGAGAACCUUCUUGUCAGCCAAUCUCGAAGAUGGAGUUUGAGUUUGAAAGAAGAAGGUUGACAAAGGAUGACAUCAGAGAGCUAAUAUACAGGGAGAUACUAGAAUACCAUCCUCAGCUGCUCAAGGAUUAUAUGAACGGUUCUGAAGGCUCAAAUUUCUUAUAUCCUAGGUUCUUACUUCCUCUUAUAAAAUAAAUGUUGAGACCUUAAACUCUCUAUUGUUAUUUCAUCUAUCUGAUCGAUUGAUUUUGAUAUUUGUAGUGCCAUUGGUCAUCUGAGGAAACAGUUUGCGUACCUUGAAGAAAAUAGCGGUAAAAGUGGACCAGUCAUACCUCCAGAGAGAAAGCAUGCUUCACUUCCACGGUCUACAGUUCACCCUGGUGUAGUGACAUCCAAUGCACAACCUUCAAGAAAUGUAGUUCCAUCGACUUCAACUAAACCUUUAGGACCUCCUCCAAGAAUACCGUCAGGUAGACCAGGACGCGCUGUGCAAUCAUCUGUAACUUAUGAGAACGGCAGGAACCUCAAAGAGUCAUCCUAUGAUGCAAGGACAUCAUAUUACAGAAGCAUUCCACAACAGACCGUUUCUCCUAACUGUUUCUUUAAUCCCAACACCAUAAACCAACAAGAGAAGCGCGGUGGUGGUACAGAAGCUGCAUCUCAGGCAAAACCGCAGUUUGUUCCAACCCAACGCAACUCUGCAAAGCCAGCUGAGCUGAACUCUAACCCUUAUGUCCAAACAGAGCAUAAGGUGGGUAUUGAUGCUAAGCUGUUGCAUGCACAAUCCCAAUAUGGUCCUGCUGGAGCCGCCGCGGUUGCAGUUGCAGCACACCGGAGCGUAGGCACGGUUGGGUAUGGCAUGUCUUA